AUAUAUACUUACUGUAUAGAGUUACGUAUCAAAUUAUGACAAAGAAAUUUUUCUGUAUCUUGCGUUUAAUAUAUAAUUUCCUCAAUCUUUAAAAGAAAUUAUAGAUCGUCGAUCGAUUGCAUCUGAAUCAAUGUCAAGCUAGUGGGGUGAUCUAUUUGGGGAUGCGCGACGAGACACGAACGUCGUGCAACAAGAACCAGUCAACGAGUCGUGGCGAAAGGUGAAGUCAUAAGACAAAAACAGUUGUUUCGAUCGACGUGAGCAACGAAAUUUUCCAAUCAAAUUUUCUAAUCUACAUGCGCGUGCAUUCUGUUUGACACUUGGUCUCUUGACAAAACAAUACUGCGGAUUAACACUAUACCAACGCAAUAUUCUGCUAAGAUUCGAACAGGAUGGCGGCGGAUGAUCCCCUUUGCCGAGAACCUUUGGUAUCUGUCGAAUUCGAAGUUUUUGGAAAAGUACAGGGUGUAUAUUUUCCGAAGUACGUAAGGGAUAUAUGUUUGCAGUUGGGUAUCUGCGGUUGGGUGAAAAACAGUAAAACCGGUACAAUUCUUGGGAAGAUGCAGGGACCUCAAGCGCUUGUCGACCAGAUGUCACAAUGGUUAACGACAGUGGGUAGUCCAGGUAGUGAAAUACAUCACUGUGAAUUUACCAAUCGGGAGACUAUCACAAAGCAACAGUAUCAAGGUUUUGCGAUUCGUUUCUAAGAGUAUAAUAUUGUGUGUAUGAGACUUUUUAAAGAUAAAGGUAUUAUUAUUAUUGUCACAAAACAUCUAUAUAUUUUUGAAGAAAAUGGUAUAUUUGAUUAUAGAUAGAUGGAGAGA